UGGCUGAAGUGAGUCUCCGGGAGUGGCACGGCACUGCUGUAUAACUUGUGUCUUAACUUCGACGUGGCCUAUACCCCCCUCUCGGAUUCACUUUUAUACGACUGGACUUACUAGAGGAUGUCCAGGCAAGAUAAAGCAAUUACAGAACGUAACGCAAAGACUCUUCGGGAGUUGUUGAAGAGGCCGGAGAAUAAGUUCUGUGCCGAUUGCAAACGGAAUGAUCCUCGAUGGGCAUCUUGGAAUCUAGGCGUGUUCUUGUGCAUCCGAUGCUCUGGCGUUCAUCGAUCUAUGGGGACCCAUAUUAGCAAAGUAAAGUCUGUGGAUCUUGACGUGUGGACUCCCGAGCAGAUGGCCUCGAUCACGAAGUGGGGUAAUCGAUAUGCGAAUCUUUACUGGGAAGCGCAUCUGAAACCCGGACACAUUCCACCUGACCAUAAGAUGGAUUCUUUCAUUCGUUCAAAAUACGACUCGAAACGCUGGGCAAAAGACGGACCUCCACCGUCAGAUCCCUCUACGUUAGAUGAAGGAGCCUCCGCUGCUCCCGCUCAGCCUGCUCCUACCACUGCUCCACCGCCACCUACUACAUCGCGUCCAGGCCAUGCUGCAACUUCAUCCGUAGGCUCAGUCAGGGCUUCACCUGUCACCAACCGCCAGCCACAACCUCAUCAGCUGCUCUCCACAUCCAUCGCCAACCGUUCGGCUGCACCUUCCCAGCCUACUCUCGCGUCUCCAGCGCAACAACAACCCGCUCAACCCGCUCAGGCAGCACCGACACCGGCAACCAAUGAUUUAUUCUCACUAGACUUCCAUAACCCUACACCAUCUGCAUCGUCAUCUACCGGGUCAACGGCACCCAAGAAGGAUGUUAAACAAGAUAUCCUAUCUCUCUUCUCUUCUCCUACGUCUCAAGUCGCCCCUACGUUCUCCCCUCAGAACCAGUUCGCCGCUCAAGCUGCUUAUACCCAACAACAGAACGCAUGGGGUGCACCAGCGGCUGCAUCGCCACAUGCUCAGCCGACAAGCCUGAUGGGUCAGAAUGGUGUUGGUAUGUGGGGAGCCUCGUCGGGGUGGAGUGCUGCACCUGCACCUGCUCAACCUAGUUUAUGGGGUGCGCCUGCGGCUCCUGCUCCAGGAGGUUUCGGACAAGCUCAACAGUCCCAGCUACAGCCCCAACAGCAGAGUAUGUUCAACACGAAUGAUAUAUGGGCUUCUCCGGGUACAACAACUGCUGGUGCGUCGGCUGGCGGUGAUUUGUUUGGAGGUUCGUUGCCUGGAAUGCAGAAGAAGGAUGAUGUGUUUGGAGAUAUCUGGGGUGGAUUCAAGUAAUGUUUAGACGUGUCGGUUUUCUUUGUUUUUGUAUGAUACUGGUUUUCUCUUUGGUGAUACCUUCGUUGAUGUUGGACGUCGUGAUGGGCUCA